CAUGCUUGGCAUGUUACACACUAAUCACUUGGCUGCAGACGCUCAAGGCAUGGGAAUAACGAUCCUGGCAGCACAACGCCGCGAUAGAAAUGUUCACGGGACAUCCAGACCGUCUCGACCAGGCAUUGCCCCCCUUCUGGUUCAGCGAGGGGGGGUUCUCAUCGUUCGUUAAUCGUCCAAUCAGUGUUGAUAUUUUGAAGCUAGCAGCGCCCCUUGAGUCCCUGCAGGUCUCGCCGGUAAUUAAUUAGAGAGGCCAGGUGCAUCGGCCACGUCGGGGAUGCUGCCCCGAAGCCACGCCGAAUGAAUCAGAAUUGAUGCCACACGGAUACCAGCUCGUGUUGCCUCCGACGGGCAGUGGGGGAAGGCAUGUUAUAAUUAAUAUGUGAGCAUUCGUUCGCGACCUGUCAGUCACUUGGCCUGCUAUCUUUCUAUUUUCUUCAUCCACAGCACUCUUGCGGAUGAUUUCGGUUCAGAAGGACUGGUACGAUGGCUGAAACGAUAGCAGCAACGACAUCGGCAGAGGCGGCAGCCGACGGCGACCCGACCCGGCUCGUAGUGCCGCGCUGGCCGCUCUCCUCGCGUCUCAAGUACGCCGUCAUCGCAUUCCUCUGGAAGAGGUUGAUCCUCAAGCCAUUGCUGUACUACAGCGAGUUCAAGAAAUACUUUAUCCCUCCAGGCGAGAACGAGCCGGAUCAUGUCAAGGCUUACCCGGUGCGAAAGUCUCUCAAGGUCCGAAUUUUCUUCCCACCCUCCUACAACCCCUCGACCUCCUCGCCGGAAACCACCACCAAGCUGCCCACCCUCCUCACCUGCCACGGCGGCGGCUUCCUGGUCGGGGAGCCGCACGACAACGACGCCUGGAACCGCGCGUUCGCCAAGCGCCACGGCUUUCUGGUCAUCGCCCUCGACUACAGCAAGGGGCCCCGGCACCGCUUUCCGGCCGCCGUGCACGACGUCGAGGCGCUCGUCGGCUGCAUCCUGGCCGACCGGUCCCUGCCCGUCGACGCCGCCCGCGUCGCCGUGGCCGGCUGGUCCGCCGGCGGCAACCUCGUCCUGGCCGCCUCCCUCCUGCCCUCGCUGCGCGGCCGCAUCCGCGCCGCCGUGCCCCUCUACCCGCUCCUCGACCGUGCCACCGCCACCGCCGUCAAGACCCGCACCCGCCGGUACAAGCCCGCCCUGGGCGGGUUCCGCGCCCGCGACGGCGACUUCGUCGCCCCCAUGAUGGGCCUCUUCGACUGGGCCUCUCUCCGCCCCGGCCAGCGCUGCGACGACCCCCUGGUGAGUCCGUGCUACGCCCCGCGGGAGCACCUGCCCGCGGGCGUGUUCCUGAUCGGCUGCGAGUUGGACAUGCUGGCGCACGAGGCCUGGCGCGUGGCCUGCCGGCUCGCGGGGAGGAGGGUCCCCUCGCUGGACGAGCCCGUCGGGCGCGAGGAGGCGGGGGGCAAGGGGGAGCUGGUCACCGGGGGCGACGAGCGGUUCGCGUGGGAGGAGGAGACGGCGGAGGAGGACGGGGGGUUACGGGUCAGGUGGCUGCUCGUGCCCGACACCGUCCACGGGUUCGACCAGAGCAACAUCGAGGGGCUGGUCAAGGAUCCGGUCUUCAUGGAGGAUGCGCGCAUCAAGACGGUCAAGGUGAUUGACUUGGUCGGGGAGUGGCUGCUCAGCGGGCCAUUGCAGGCAACGAAGUCCUGAUGUCCAGAGCUGGAUAGGCCCAUGACAUUUGCAUGGUUACGUGCGUGGCUUGGUACGUUGGUCAUCUUCCGCCUCCAGAAGAUCAAUUCAGUGUUGGGCCUUCGUGAAACUGCUAGACACGAAGCGAGUGAAGCGGGUGGGAUCAGUUUUGUUUGCUAGAGGCCAGAAGCUUUUCGAUUCCUGCAAUUAAAAUUUACCAUUGUUUAAUUUUAGAUUAAAUAAUAAUUAUAUCCUCAAAAACGAGUUCCCG